AUGACGGCGAUCACAGUUCCAGAGCAGCAUGAGCCUGCUGCGCCCGACCUGGCCGCCGUCACCAUAAUGGGUCUUCUAAGCUCCCUCCCGAAGCUACCCCUCGUCGGGUCGAUCCUCAUAGUCCUCUGCUCGCUCUUCACCCCCACGACCGCCUACACCGAACUCGGCGACGAGGCCCUCCGCGCGAUCCCCUCGGGUGGCGAUGGUUUCAACAUUGACACCGGCUCGCUGCUGGCCCCCAUCCUGAUCCCCCGCGUCCCCGGCACCCCGGGCUCGCUCAAGGUGCAACAGCACUUUGUCGACUUCUUCCGCGCCAACCUGCCCGAGUGGAUCAUUGAGUGGCACAACUCGACAUCCAAGACGCCCGCGACCGGAGAUAAGGAGAUACCCUUCACGAACCUCAUCUUCCGCCGCGACCCGCCGUGGGCCAAGGGCGGAGAUGUCGAGUAUCUGACGCUCGUCGCGCACUAUGACAGUCUGUACCACCCGGAAGGGUUCAUUGGGGCGAUUGACAGUGCGGCGCCUUGCGCGAUGCUGCUCCACGCGGCAAGGAACAUUGAGGAAGCUCUGGUGAAGAAGUGGAAGGCAAUGGAGGCCUCAGGUGACGCUGGGAGCGGACUCGAAGAGGAGAAGGGCGUCCAGAUCAUUCUGCUUGAUGGAGAGGAGGCAUGGGUGUCGUGGACGGACACAGAUUCGCUCUAUGGAGCCAGGGCGCUCGCCAAGAGCUGGGAAGACUCUGUUCACCCUGAUGGUCUAUACAAGACACCUCUUUCGUCCAUCAGCCUCUUCCUUCUUAUCGAUCUUCUGGGCGCCCCUAAUCCCCGGAUACCAUCUUACUUCCCUUCUACGCACUGGGCGUAUAAGAAGAUGGCAAAGAUCGAACAUCGUAUGCGUGAACUGGAUGUCCUUGAAACCAAACCGAAACAUCCUUUUUUGACGGACAGGAACAAAGAGAAGGUCGGCUUCGGUGGUGGGUACGUCCUAGAUGAUCAUGUACCGUUCUUGCAGCGAGGUGUCGAGAUCCUGCACAUCAUCCCGACGCCGUUCCCCGACGUAUGGCAUAAGAUUGAAGACGACGGUGCCCAUCUGGACCUACCAACAGUACGGGAUUGGGCGCGUAUCCUCACGGUUUUCGCGGCAGAGUGGAUGGAGUUGGAUGAGCACCUACCCAAGCAGAUAGAGGGUGAGGCUGCUAGCGAUUCGAGCGACCCCUCCGCUUCGCAAUCUCAUAGUAGCAAGUUCAUCCAUGUCCUAAAACAGGCUUCAAGGCAUUAUCCGUACAAACCUCAAACCUGGUUCAUGGAUAAUAUCAUUUUGGCCUUGUUUUACGUAUGCAGACACAGAGCAAGGGUCCCGCUAUACAUGAACCGUGCACGGUCGGUACACAAGCUAAAGCUGCCACAGACAAGCACCCUCAGCAGCACAAUGCGAUUCCUCAACUCCCUGACGCCAGCCCUCGCGCUGUUUGCGGCCGGUGCCGCGCAGGCCGCCUCAUCAUGGGGAUUCGACAGUGCCACUGUCUCGAUUACUGGCAAGGGCAAGGAUGCCACCAAAGAGAAGUUGAGCGCGACAUCUCCUCUCAAGACUGCCCUCUCUCUGGGAGCCAAGGAUACUCUCAAGGUCAUCUUGACGGCCAAGGAGGGCGACAAGGCCAAGCGCCCGCAUCAGGCCUUCUUGAUCCUCAAGGAGACCGAGUCUGGUCUCGAGGCCCCCUUCCCCCUUGAGCUUAAGGACACUGGCCGAGGCGUUGUCGACAUUGCCCAGAAGGACCUCCCCGUCCAGCUCCUCCUCGCCAACGAACCCCUCAAGGCCAGCAUCGUCAUCGGCUCCUUCGGUGCCGCCAAGGCCCUCGAAACCACCCUCUUCGACGUCUCCGUGAGCCGCGACGCCAGCGCCGCCGCCCCGACCUACGACGCUCCCCUCCGCUACGGCAAGCAGCCCGAGAUCAGCCACAUCUUCCGCGAGGACCCCCGCAGUCCUCCCAAGAUUAUCUCGCUGGCCUUUGUCAUUGCCGUUCUGGCCACGAUUCCCGUUCUCCUCAUUGGCUGGCUCUCUCUCGGCGCCAACGUCAACCACAUCCAAAAGGCCCUCGGUGCCGCGCCUCUCUCCCACGUCGCCUUCUUUGGAUCCAUCGUGGCCAUGGAGGGCGUCUUCUUCAUGUACUACAGCGCCUGGACCCUCUUCCAGACCUUGCCCGCCGUCGCCAUCGUCGCGACCUCCAUCUUCCUGAGCGGCACCAAGGCCCUCGGCGAGGUCCAGAGCCGUCGUCUCUCCGGAGUGUGGACGAAGGCGGUUCAGGUCUUGGCACAAAAAGCCAAGGGGGCCUAA